UAUAAUUCACCUGAAAUUCACACAACCAAAACAAUUCCAUUUGCAUUUGACUUCUAAGCUUCCGCUAUUAGAAUAUUAACCAAUUAACUAUUUAAAUACAUCUCCGCACAAGGAUCGGAAACCUAAUCAUCGUUUUCGUAGGAAGAGAAGCGAGAAAUGGCGGCCAACUCCUCCGCCUCCUCCAUGCCUGAAACAAUAAUCAAAGACAUCCUCUCUCGUUUACCCGUCAAAUCUCUGGUCCGAUUCAAAUCCCUAUCGAAACCCAUUUGCUCUCUCAUCCACUCUCAUGACUUCAUGGCCGCCCACCUCUGCCUUUCCUCCCUAAAACCCACUCUCCUCGUCCGCCGCUACCACAACCCCACCGGCUGCAACUUCCAGUUAACCUUGGUUCGAGAGAGUCUGGUGAACGAUUUAGACAUCCCAAACGAUGUCGUUUCGGCUCUUCGUUGUUUCCCCAAAAUCGUUGGCUCCUGCAACGGCGUCGUUUGUCUCGAUAUCUCCAAAUGCCACGCCGCCGAUCUCUUCCUCUGGAAUCUUGCAACCAGGGAAGUGAAACGCCUCCCCAAACCAACAAUCAAAUCCUCGCCGCUUCCCUGGAUGGUUACUCUAGGGUUUGGAUAUGACCACAAAAAUCACGAAUUCAACAUCGUGAGACUCGUCACUCUUGACGAUGACACAAAGGCCGAGGUUUAUAAGACCGGCACCGGUACUUGGGAUCAGAUAGAGGAUUUGAGCAUUACGUCCUGCGCCGUCAGUGGAGGACAACAGGCCGUCUCUGUAAACGGUGAAUUGCAUUGGCUGGCUUUAGGAGGGGGCCUAUUCAAUCUCCGCCGCUACAUCGUGUCCUUCAACAUGGGCGAUAACAAAUUCAGGCAGAUUCCGGCACCGGACCUCCCCGUCGAUUGUUGCCUGAAAUUGAUGUUUUACAAGAAAUCGUUGACUCUGGCUGCUUACCCACUGGACAUUCCGGAUCGAUUUGUGAGAAAUCGUAAAGCUUUUGAGGAAUUUGAUUUGUGGGUUCUUGGUGAAGAAGAUGGAAGUUCUUGGUCUAAGCAUGUUAUGAUUGAUUCUCUGGUUAGGUUCAUUUUUCCGAUUGGGGUUUGGGGAGACGAUAAGAUCAUGAUGAAGCGCAUAGGAGGAAAUCGAAGCCGUUUGAUUUUGUUUGAUCCAAUGGUUGGUGAUAGAGCUGAGACCUUGCAAGAGUUGGGUGGGGAGGACUCCCUUGAUGUCUUCACCUAUGUGGAGAGCCUCAUGCCUGUCUAAGUUUGGGAUUUUAGGGGUUCUCUCUUAUCUUUUCUUUUGAGCAAAAAAUAGUUGUUUUAGGGUUUGUUAAUGAACUUUUAUAUGAAUAUAUUAAUAUUAAUCUCUCUUGUUCCAUUUAUUGUUGUGGAAUUGAUAUAAAGGAUUUGGGUUUA